CUUCAGUAAGGCUGGUUUCUUAGCGUUCAUAGCAAUGGUUAUCAACUGUGCGCAGAGAUGGAACGUAAAUCACAGAAAAUAUAUAUUGUGGUGGAAACUGCAGAUAAGUAUUUUGGUAAACGAGAUCUGACUUCUGAAGAGUUACAGGGUGUGUUGAGGGAUGGGGUUAUGUCCUCCCAGGUCGUUGGCAUGGUGCAGGAGCAGAUAGCAUCAAAGUAGUGGAUUGGGGUAGAGGGUUCUUAAUGAGUGUAGUUUUUUAAAUGAAAUAGUGGUGUAUAGGUGUAGGGUUAGUUGGUGGUGCAAUUAUUAAUAUUUAUUUUACGAACAAGAAUAAUUCAGAUAGGUUGGCCGUGACUGGCCUCACACUUCAGUACAGUAGGUGGCAGUGCACCUUAAAGUCGUAUCCGCAGACCCAUCUCCAACGAAGAAGAAGAGCGCCUCUGUCUCCAGUCAGCAAGGAAAGGUGUCGUUUUCAAGACUGCAACAAACUGGUAGCUAUUUGAGAUGUCCAGGAGAAACAAGAAAACAAUGGUUUAGAAGAGGUAUCUAAAGAAGAAGAUGGGGAAGAAUACAACCCAGAGCACGAUGCAUCAUCUUCAGAUGGAGAAAUCCCCCAAGCUGAAAGAUACAUUUUUGUCAAAGAACAGCAAAAUAACAUGGUCCUUUUCACCAUAUGACAACCAGGGCAGGAAGGCAGCACAAAUGUCAUAAGGAUGGCCCCAGGGCCCACAAGGCAUGCAGUUGCCCAGGACAUUACCUCAACAUUCUACAUGUUCACACCAGCCAUCGAAAAAAAAUCAUCCUGGAAAUGAUAAAAUUAGAGACAACUCAAAGGAUGGAUGAGAUUGACCUGCGUGUCUACAUAGGGCUGCUAAUCUUAGCGGGUGUGUAUAGGUCCCGAGGCAAGGCUACAUGUAGUCUCUGGGAUGCAGAGAGUGGAAGGGCGAUUUUCCGUGCCAUGAUGCCAGUCUUUCACACGGUCUCAAGAAUGCUAAAAUUUGAUAACUGAGUCAAGGUGUGAGAGACAAACUGGCAGCCAUAAGAAGUGGAUGGAGUGUCUGCCAUACCUCUACAACCCUGGGCCUAAAGCAACUGGUUCUAUUCAGAGGGAUCCAGGCAGAGAGAAAGGUGGAAGGAGACGGCUGGACUGACAAUGACCACUGAAGGGGAUCCCAGCCUCUCUGCCAAACUGCUGCAACUGGUGCUGCUGUCCACCUACUGGGGCAUGCAGAUCUGGUUUACCUGCAUAUCAAGCUUUGUGAUGGAAAGCCACCUGAACAGACACACAUUUGGUUUGAUCCAGAGCAGACUGGUUCCGUUCUACCUUCACCUGGGCUCUCUCUGUGCCUUCCUCAACCUGACGCUGUUCGCUGUCUACCACCCUGCAGACCUGCUAGAUGACAGAGAGGCCUUCCAGAUUGGGGUAUACUUCCUGUGUGUGUCGGUAGCAGCGGUCAACGCCCAGUGGUUCGGUCAGAUGACAUCAGAGAUAAUGGAAGACAUGCAUCUAAUGGAGCAAGCACAAGGAUUGGGCCAGGACAUUGGUCUAUCUACCAAUAGGGAGGCUUACGCCAAGCUGUGUGAGACAGAAGGUAGAUACAGGCGUCUGUCUGGUCAGCUGUGGCUUUACAGACGGUUGUCUUCGCUGUGUAACAUCUGCUGCAUUACCUGCAAUGCAUACAGCCUGUACUACCUAGCAGAGAACCUUACUUCACUAUAGCACAGUUACCAAAUCUGCAGUAUCUAUUGGCUGGGGAAAUAUGGAUGGUAAGUCCACGGGUGGCUGGAGUGAAUGGUAUCGACACAUUAAAAUCAUGGUUUCAUACUAUGAGCCGCCCUACCCUCACCAGCCUCCCGUGGUUAAGUCCAGCAACACUCAGGUUUGUUCUUUUUCAAGCCAUUUUAAUCUUCUACUAGAGCGAUGGAGAUGUAUUUUCAUUCUACUAGAGGAGAGAUGCAUUUUUAUUCUACUAGAGGAGAGAUGCAUUUUUAUUCUACUAGAGGAGAGAUGUAUUUUUAUUCUACUAGAGGAGAGAUGUAUUUUUAUUCUACUAGAGGAGAGAUGUAUUUUUAUUCUACUAGAGGAGAGAUGUAUUUUUAUUCUACUAGAGGAGAGAUGUAUUUUUAUUCUACUAGAGGAGAGAUGUAUUUUUAUUCUACUAGAGGAGAGAUGUAUUUUUAUUCUACUAGAGGAGAGAUGUAUUUUUAUUCUACUAGAGGAGAGAUGUAUUUUUAUUCUACUAGAGGAGAGAUGUAUUUUUAUUCUACUAGAGGAGAGAUGUAUUUUUAUUCUACUAGAGGAGAGAUGUAUUUUUAUUCUACUAGAGGAGAGAUGUAUUUUUAUUCUACUAGAGGAGAGAUGUAUUUUUAUUCUACUAGAGGAGAGAUGUAUUUUUAUUCUACUAGAGGAGAGAUGUAUUUUUAUUCUACUAGAGGAGAGAUGUAUUUUUAUUCUACUAGAGGAGAGAUGUAUUUUUAUUCUACUAGAGGAGAGAUGUAUUUUAUUCUACUAGAGGAGAGAUGUAUUUUUAUUCUACUAGGAGAGAUGUAUUUUUAUUCUACUAGAGGAGAGAUGUAUUUUUAUUCUACUAGAGGGAUGUAUUUUAUUCUACUAGAGGAGAGAUGUAUUUUUAUUCUACUAGAGGAGAGAUGUAUUUUAUUCUACUAGAGGAGAGAUGUAUUUUAUUCUACUAGAGGGAUGUAUUUUAUUCUACUAGAGGAGAGAUGGAGGGAUGUAUUUUAUUCUACUAGCGGAGAGAUGGAGGGAUGUAUUUUAUUCUACUGGAGGAGAGAUGGAGGGAUGU